AUGGCUUUAUAUUCUGUUCUUGUUAAACCUGAUAAUGAUGUGAACAGUCGGAGAAACACGGAGUCACACUCAUCAUUAAAACGGUUUAUCCCUGACGUUCCCCGGGUUAAUUACGAAACUUACAAGGUGACGCCAUCCCAAGAGGCGCAGAGACCGCUGGGGGCGGGGCUCCUACACAGGGACAGUGACUGUAGCCUGGUCAUGCCUGAUUGUCUGGAGAGAUGCUAGAUUUUGGACUUGGGGAGUAGAAGUGGCAGAGGUUGCUAUGCCCUUAGCCAGCUGAUUGAUGAGAAGGGAUGUGGAUAUGACAGAGCCUUGGGUGAGGAAGAAGUGGCCAAGAAAUACCUUGAUAAUUACCACAUGGAAAAGUUCGGCUUCCCGACUCCUAAUGUGAAUUUUAUUCAUGGCUACUGAGAGAAGCUUGGAGAAACUAGAAUCGAAGAUAAAAGUUAGGACAUUGUCAUGCACGUCUGCCUCUUUGAGGGAGCAGGGCAGAGGUUCAGAACCAUGCCUGGAAGACAGCUGUACUUCAAUGACGUCUGUGCUAGCCUUGAAUUGCCUGGAGAAGUCAAGGCACAUAAAGUUUUAUGGGGUGAAUAUUUGGGAGGAGUUCUAUUCUGGAAAGGUCUCUUCACAUUUGCUGAAGAAAUUGGAUUCUGUGUUCGGUCCGUUCACCAUGCUCCUGUUCAUUGCCUCAGCGGCCCCUCGAGUGGGUCCAAUGGCACUCCAAAGGUCUUAGAGUUAGAAGGGAUCGAAAGCGGAAUAAGUGAAGCGGAUGAAGAAAAACCAUCUAUUUUGAAGAAUUCUAGGUUUGCCCAAGAGUUUCUGAUCAAACCAGUAGGAGGGAAGAGGUUAUUCACACCUGGGGGACUAUUCUUUGCUUUAGACCAGCAGCUAUCCAUGCAGGGGAUGAUCACAGAUCCAUUGAAGCUCGAAGAAGGAUGGACACCAAGCCUGAACAGUGCCCUGCUCCAGCUGUGGGCAGUUGUGGCAAAAAAAAAAAAAAAUUCUUUCUUUGGAUGUGGAGUGUUCUUUCGAACUUUACUGAGAAAUCCCCAAAGGUUGGGAGGCUUACUCCUAGAGGGAGCCGCAGCGGUGGCCCAACAGGACUCCUCCUCUGGCCAUGCAUAG